AUGAAUGAAGUUAGUAAUCAGCCAAGUAAAAAUGUGGGGGAUAUUGGAAGCAUGAAGGAAUUUUGGGAGUUAGCCGACGAACUGCUGUAUACAAAGCUAUAUUAUGAUGAAACCACAAAAGAAUAUAUUACAAGCUGGAAGCAAACGGAAACCACGGAAUCAGAAAUCAAUACUCUUCUUGUUAGUUAUAUUGCCCUUAUAUCCAAAUAUCGAGAAAUAGUUGGCGAUCACUUGGGGGAAGUCUGCGCAUAUCUACUGGACAUUGAGAGUUAUCAGAAACAUCGAGAAUUCUGUCUGCGGAAAAUGCUGUCAUUGUUGAUAUAUUCGGUUGAUUGUAAUUUGAAUAAUUUAGAAUUGAACUGUGAUGUUUUGGGCGGUGAAAUCCUAAGGGAAGUUAAUGAGAGCAUCAGUAUGAAUGAGCAAUUCAUCAAUAUCAUUGGAUGUAUAAUGAUCAAGGAGCAUGAACGAGAUAACCAAUUGAUGAAUAUAUUGAAGGAGUAUCAAGGGUUCACAGUUUUAAGUAAAGUUGUAAGAAAUUACGCUGCUAUUACAAAGAGAACGGGAGAUAUAUACACUCAGAAUUACUCACCAUAUUUGAUUCUGUGGUUUGAUUUAUGCAAGGACAAUAAUUUUGUUGAUGAAAUUGACAAUAUAUAUGAAGAUGAAAUUAUUUUUUUAUUUGACAAGCUGAAAGUUGAAACAAGAAUUGAAGAUGAGGUGAACUAUAUCAAAUUCCGACUUUUAUUGAUCUUGAAUGAGCAAUAUGUGUAUCAAUGUGGUUUAAAAGUACAAAAUGGCAAAAAGACAAAUUUAGUUGUCUACCAAAUGGUGAGGAAGAUUCAAUAUUUCCAAACAUUCACAGAGAUACUCGUAUUAAAUUUCAAUAGGGAGAUGGAUACCAUUGACCAAAUUUUGAUGAUGAAAUAUUUGUACGUGGUGUUUUCCAAUGAAAAAACCAACCGACUUGUAUAUUUGAACGACGUCAAAAUUAUUGUGGAUAUUAUCAUCAGACAGUUGUAUGACAUUCCAAUAAAAGCAUCCUCCUACAUUAUGGAUAUCUACCUACGUGUUCUUAAGUGCAUGCUCACCAAAACGAACUUACGGAGGCAUUCCUACAAGAGGGAGGAGCUCGUUGCUGUUCUAGAAUACCUCCGCGGAGAAGACGUUAAUGAGCAUACAAGGCGUCUCAUUGAUCGAUGCCUACAAUGUUCUUUCUUUAAUCCUCUCACAUACGCCAAUACCCAGGAUAAUAGGUCGGAAGAGUUAUUACCCAUAAGGAAAGUGACACCUCUAAUUCCGCCAGAGAGGUCCCAUUCUCUCCCUCAGCUUGUACAGAGCCCGCAACCUUCACCACCAUCAUUUUCUUUACCGCCACCACCUCCACCACCUCCCUCUCGUUUACGAGGUAGGGAAAGUUCGGUUUCCUCAUUAUCAACAUCGUCCUCGCAAACUAGUGGACAAGGUCUUAGUAGACUAUCCAGUGCCAAGCCACCACCUCCACCACCUCCACCUGCCCGGACAACGUCGCGUCGCAUUGUCUAA